AUAACGAUAUUUAAUAUUUAACUUUCCAAUACAAUAUUAUCGAUGGAAAACACAGCAAAGUGACGCGUGUCUCUCUAUUGCCCAGUUUUUCAAGUCACAAAACUCACACAAACAUAAUGUUUCUGUUCGUAUAAAUAAAAUAAGUAAAUACAAAACGCCCGAAAAAUCGGAAAGAUCCGAACUUGGAACAGUUCUCUGAUCUCAGCUCCUGAAACCAGAUUCAGCGAUACAGAGACUGCGUGAAGAUGACGAAGAAAGCAAGGGUAUUGUUCCAUUUCCAGAUGAUGUUGUUAAUGAUGCUCAUCGUGGUGCAAAAUGGCGAAUGCAUAUGGUUGAAUUUACCCAAAUCGGGAAGGAAGUGUGUGACGGAGGAAAUCCAUACCAAUGUCGUCGUUUUGGCUGAUUACGUCGUCAUUUCUAAUGUUCAUAUUCACCCCACUCCCUCCAUCACCACCAAGGUGACAUCACCUUAUGGAAACAUUCUUCACUACAAAGAGAAUGCAACUAAUGGUCAAUUUGCAUUCACAACAAAUGAGGCUGGCCAAUAUCUAGUGUGCUUUUGGGCAGAUGACCCUAAUCAAGGUGGAGCUUUAAGUGUCAACAUUGACUGGAAAACUGGAAUUGCAGCAAAAGAUUGGGACUCAGUUGCAAGGAGAGAAAAAAUUGAGGGUGUUGAGCUUGAGUUGAGAAAACUAGAAGGAGCUGUGGAGGCCAUUCAUGAUAAUCUUCUCUACAUCAAGAGCAGGGAGGCACAGAUGAGAGAAGUGAGUGAGACCACACAUUCUCGAGUAGCAAUGUACAGUAUAUUAUCAUUAGGUAUUUGCAUUGCGGCUUCUUUUGCACAACUAUGGUAUUUGACACACUUCUUUCAAAAGAAGAAACUAAUCUAGAUUCUGUUGUUAAUUAUCAACAUUUUUUUAUACCAUUGGAAUCAUUCUUUACUCUUUCAA